AUGAGUGAAGAAUAUUUUGGAGCAGAUAGUAGCAGCAUUGAAACCUCUAGUGGUAGUAAACGAAAAAGAGAUGAUGAAGAGGAAUUGGAUGACCAACUUAGUGAAGAAAACUUGGGCUGCAAAAUCAAGGAUAAGAAAACAACUUUAGUCAGAGUCAAAAGGAUUGACGAUGAUGAGUCUGAUGAUAGCCAAAAUCAAGAUGAAGAAAAGUAUGAGGGUGAACAAAAGAUUCAAAAAACGGAUAUGCCGGAACGCAUGCAACUACGUAACAUUCCCAUUACGUCUGUUGGUUCUGAUGAAUUGGAGUCAGAAGUCGAGUGGAUUUUCAAGCAUGGUUUUUCCAAAGCGUCAAUAUCCAAUCAGGACGGUACGGCAGAUGGACGGGAAGAUGUGAUAAAGGGAAAGAUUCGUAAUGCUCUCGAAUUCAUUCGCAAUCAACACUUCGAAGUCCCUUUUAUAGCCUUCUAUCGUAAAGAAUACGUCCUACCAGAAUUGAGCGUGAAUGACCUUUGGAAAGUCCACAAGUUUGAUGAAAAGUGGACCAAACUGCAGACACGUAAAAACAACAUGAUGCGACUCUUCAAGAAGAUGCAAAAAUAUCAAUCGGAGAAGCUCACGCAGAAUUUGACGAAAUCUAUUCCUAAGAACGUGCGUGUUCUUAAAGAUGAAGACAUCGACACAUUGAGAAUGGUCCAAUCCAGUGAAGAGUUGAGCGACGUUUACAAUCACUUCACCCUUUACUACGGCAAUGAUGUACCUGCCAUGCGAGAAGAAUACCGUCGAAGGAAAAGAGAAGAAGCCAAAGAACGGCGAAGCUCAGCAGCCAGGCGAAGAUUGAAUGACUUGGGUGAAGACUUGCGCGACCCAGAUGAUGUGAAUGCUGACUUAUACUCUCGUGGCGCCAGUGCUGGUCUUGAUGGGUUGCUAAGGAAAUACGGUUUAUCUCGCAUCGAGCAGUUCGCCGACAAUUACCAACGACACGACAUUCAUCAAAGUCAAACAACAAAAGAUCCUUGCGAUGUUGCCCUCGAAUAUGCCUUCUCCAAGUUUCCAAACGCUGCUGAAUUUCUCAAAGCGGCAAACUACAUGUUGGCUGUACAAAUCGCUAAAGAACCUUCGGUUCGUAAGUUUGUCCGUGAAUCUUUUUUUGAACGCGCUCGUUUUGAUGUCAUCCCUACGAAGGAAGGCUUGAAGAAAAUCGACGAGAUGCACGACCUUUAUUCUCUCAAAUUCCUUAAAAACAAGCCAGUGCGGGAUUUAGUCAAUGAUCAAUUCCUCCGACUGUGGGUCGCUGAGCAAGACAAGUUGCUAACCAUUGUCUUCCAAACGAAAAUUGAUGGAGCCACUACCGCCAGUUACCUUGACGACAUGAAGUCACUCCUUACCCGCGACGAAUCCAGCAAACUCGUACAGGAAUGGGAUGAUCUGCGUAAAGAAAUCAUCGAUCUUGCCCUCAGUAAAUUUGUAUUACCGUCACUGGUCAAAGAACUCAAGGAAAAGCUGUUGAACGAAGCACAAGACUUUGUAAAGAGAGCUUGCUGCCAACAAUUAUACAACUGGCUCAACGUGGCCCCUUACGAAGUCAACUUUCGUGACAAUGAAGGUUGGGACACUGAAAAUGGAAUCACAGUCCUGGGUCUCAGCUAUGGAGAAGAUAAAAAAGAAACAGUUUAUGGUUGUUUGAUCAAAGGCGAUGGUGAAUUAUCCAAUCAAAUUCGUCUGGAACACAUUCUGAACGGCACAACUGCUGAGAAGGAGAAGACCCUAAAGACGAUGAAGAAUUUUAUCUCCAGUUUCAAGCCUCAUGGGAUCGCCGUGAGUGCCGAGUCAAAGGAAGCCAUAAUGCUGGUUGAAAAAUUGCGAGCAAUAAUAUCUGAGCUUGUCAAGGAAAAGAAGUGCCCAAUGAUCAAUGUCGUACUAGUCGACAACAGUUUGGCCAAAGUGUGUGCAAAGUCGACUCGGGCCGAUUUCCCUCAAGAUUGGCUGUUUGGCGAAGCAAUCACCAUAGCAAGAGUUCUCCAGGUAAAUUUUCAAACUUCAAUAUUUUUUUUUAUUCAGGACCCGCUUAUUGCAUACUCGCAACUGUGUAAUGCCGACAAAGACAUCCUCAAUCUCAAAUAUCAUCCGUUGCAAUAUCAACUAUCCAAAGAAGAACUCUUCGAAGGUCUCUAUCUUGAAUUUGUGAACCGAACGAACGAAGUUGGUGUUGACAUCAAUCGCGCCAUCAAACACCCACGCACGGCGCAUUUGAUUCAAUUCAUAUGCGGUCUCGGACCCCGAAAAGCUGACGAUUUGAUGAAAACCCUGAAGAACCAGCGAUUAGAGAAUCGAUCUCAGUUGGAGACUGCUUGUCACAUGGGUCCAAAGGUGUUCACUAACUGCGCUGGCUUCAUAAAAAUCGACACACAUUUGUCGGGUGACGGUGCCGAGUCGCAGGUCGAAGUGCUAGAUGGUUCUCGUGUCCAUCCGGAAAUCUACCAUUGGGCUCGUAAUUUCGCUGUAGCUGCUCUCAAGUACCAUGGUGGAAAAGAUGUCGACCCUGAUGGUGCAGUGAAAAAGAUUCUGGAAGCCCCCAAAAAGCUCGAAGGUUUGGAUUUGGAUGCCCUUGCUGCUUAUAUUGAGCAUCAAGGUUACGGCAACACACGAAUUACUUUGGAGAGCAUUCGCUCUGAACUACUCCAUCUCUACAAGGAUGGUCGGCCGUCAUAUCAAGCGCCCUCACAUGAAGAAGAUAUCUUCAACAUGAUUACCAAAGAAACUCCGCAAACCUUUUAUAAGGGCAAAAUGGUCUUGGCAACCGUCACCGGCUUCCAACGUCGUAAACCCAAGCGAGAAGAACUGGACAAAGCCAAUCCAAAGAAAAACGAAACCACCGGCUUGUGGCAAUGCCCAUUUUGUCUGCAGAAUGAUUUCACUGAUCUGUCAGAAGUUUGGAAUCAUUUUGAUGCUGGAUCUUGCAGUGGUCAGGCGAUUGGUGUGAGCAUCUGCUUGGAGAAUGGACUGUCUGGAUUUCUUCCUAUGAAGUGCCUCUCUGAUUCUAACGUCACUAAUCCGGAAGAACGUGUCCGUCUAGGACAGACGAUCCAUUGUCGCAUAACCAAGAUCAAUUUCGAAGACUUUUCCGUUGAUGUCACUUCAAGAUCUUCCGAUUUGAAUGACAUAAAUGGUGUAUGGCGACCACCAAAGGAUCCUUUCUACGAUGGACCAGCUGAAAAGGCCAUGUUAAAGGCAGAAGAGGAUGCCAAAAAGCUUCGUCAAAGGAACACAGAAAGUGUCGUUGUUCAUCCGGCUUCAAACACAUCGAAUACGACCGAAAGGAGGUCAGGGGGUCCCUCGUCCCGUUCCAGGUCACGCAGUCCGAAUCGGGGCCGGACUGCCCGUACGAUCGGAUCGAGCAGCAGAAGUCGAUCACCGUUGCAUCAAUCAUCACCUUUGAGACGUCCGUCACCUCGUCCCCCUGCUUUGCCGCCGGUCGGAGCCCCUGCCCCAUCAUUGAUCGUCGCUCCGCCCUGGUUCCACAAUAUGCAAUGCCCACAUUUCAGAGAUCAUAGUCAAUGCCCGAGGGGCAAUCUCUGCCCGUAUGUCACCGGUCCAUACCAGCCGGAUCUGCAGUUAAUGGAAGCAUUGGACAUGCCUGGAAGAGAUCCACCACAAAAUCCUCAGUAG